AGAUUUAGGGUUUUAAAGAUUCACAAAGACGUGCUCAAUUUCAUCUCGGAGUGUGUUCCUCCUACUGAUUCUCUCUAGGGAAGAAGGAGAAAGAAGACGAGAGAGAAAAUGGCAUCUUCAUCGGCAUCUCUGAAAAGGAGAGAGCAGCCAAUGUCGCGAGAAGGAGAUCAGCUUAUCGUUACUCCUUUAGGCGCCGGAAACGAAGUCGGUCGUUCCUGCGUUUACAUGUCCUUCCGUGGCAAAACCAUUCUCUUCGAUUGUGGGAUUAAUCCUGCCUACUCUGGAAUGGCUGCCUUGCCUUACUUCGAUGAGAUUGAUCCUUCCACCAUCGAUGUCCUCUUGAUUACUCACUUUCAUUUGGAUCAUGCAGCAUCCCUCCCUUAUUUUCUAGAGAAGACUACAUUCAAAGGGCGAGUUUUCAUGACACAUGCUACAAAGGCUAUCUAUAAGUUGCUGCUUACAGAUUAUGUUAAAGUCAGCAAGGUUUCUGUGGAAGACAUGUUGUUCGAUGAACAUGAUAUCAACAAAUCCAUGGAUAAAAUUGAGGUUAUUGAUUUCCAUCAGACGGUUGAAGUGAACGGCAUAAAGUUCUGGUGCUACACGGCAGGCCAUGUCUUGGGUGCAGCCAUGUUCAUGGUGGACAUAGCUGGUGUCCGGAUCCUCUACACUGGCGACUAUUCCCGUGAGGAAGACCGACAUCUAAGAGCAGCUGAGCUUCCUCAGUUCUCCCCUGACAUAUGCAUCAUUGAAUCCACCUCCGGUGUCCAGCUUCAUCAAUCUCGUCACAUCCGGGAGAAACGCUUCACUGAUGUAAUCCAUUCAACUGUUGCUCAGGGUGGUCGUGUCCUGAUCCCAGCUUUUGCACUUGGCCGUGCACAGGAACUCCUCUUGAUUCUAGAUGAGUACUGGGCCAACCACCCUGAUCUACACAAUAUCCCUAUCUACUAUGCCUCACCCCUCGCCAAAAAGUGUAUGGCAGUUUACCAAACCUACAUUUUAUCUAUGAACGACAGAAUCCGCAACCAGUUUGCAAAUUCUAAUCCGUUUGUGUUCAAGCACAUAUCUGCGUUGAACAGCAUCGAUGAUUUCAGAGAUGUUGGUCCAUGUGUGGUUAUGGCUAGUCCUGGAGGUCUUCAGAGCGGUUUCUCGAGGCAGCUCUUUGACAUCUGGUGUUCAGAUAAGAGAAACGCUUGUAUCAUACCUGGUUAUAUGGUGGAAGGUACACUGGCAAAAACGAUUAUCAAUGAGCCGAAGGAGGUGACUCUUAUGAACGGUCUUACUGCUCCUCUCAACAUGCAAGUGCACUACAUCUCCUUCUCUGCUCACGCUGACUAUGCGCAGACGAGCACUUUCUUGAAAGAGCUCAUGCCUCCAAACAUCAUCCUUGUUCACGGUGAAGCUAACGAGAUGAUGAGGCUCAAACAGAAACUCUUUACGGAGUUUCCUGAUGGAAACACGAGGAUCAUGAAUCCGAAGAACUGUGAGUCGGUUGAACUGUACUUCAACUCUGAGAAAAUGGCUAAAACCAUUGGGAGGUUGGCUGAGAAGACGCCUGAUGUUGGCGAUUCAGUGAGUGGGAUUCUGGUUAAGAAAGGUUUCACUUAUCAGAUAAUGGCACCUGAUGAUCUCCAUGUUUUCUCACAGUUAUCAACAGCAACUGUUACUCAGCGGAUCACUAUCCCUUUCUCAGGAGCUUUUGGUGUGAUAACACAUCGCCUCGGGAAGAUUUUUGAGAGCGUUGAUUCUUCAACGGACGAGGAAACGGGUCUUCCAGCACUGAAAGUUCACGAGAGAGUAACUGUGAAGCAAGAGUCAGAGAAGCACAUCUCGCUUCAGUGGUCAUCUGAUCCAAUAAGUGACAUGGUUUCAGACUCCAUUGUAGCUCUGGUUCUCAACAUCAGCCGGGAAGUUCCCAAGAUCAUUGUGGAGGAGGAAGUUGCUGUCAAAUCCGAAGAGGAGAAUGGGAAGAAAGUGGAAAAAGUGAUAUAUGCUCUUCUUGUGUCGCUCUUUGGGGAUGUGAAACUUGGAGAGAAUGGGAAACUGGUGAUUACUGUCGAUGGCAAUGUGGCUCAUCUUGAUAAAGAGACUGGAAAAGUAGAGGGUGAGCAUGAAGGUCUAAAAGAAAGAGUGAGAGUAGCUUUUCAUCGGAUUCAAAGCGCUGUGAAACCAAUCCCUCUCUCAGCUGAAUGAAGUAGCUGUUGAGGUAUUUAAGAAUCAUAGAAUUUUAUCAUCAGUUGUCUGUUUCUCUAUCCAAGUUUACUAGUUCUGGUAAUCAAGUCUAUGUAUGUUAUUAUGUUUUAUGAAACUUUGCUGCUUUUGUGAGUCUACUGUGAUGCUGAUUAGUCCAAUGGAUGUUAUUGCGACGCUGUUCUUACUCAACAACAUUUAGUUUCACUUUUAUAUGGUUUUGAUUUUCA